UAUCAUUCAAACCACUGCCGCGGCUGGCGUCCGAGGCGCCAAGCCCAAACCGGCCUAGUGGCCCUAACAAUGUCCCAAAGCGGAAUCAGGGCAAACCCCAAGCCCUACCUGGAAAUAUCCCCCACUAAAACCCAUCGGCAAGCGAAAUCAAACCUCGCCAGGAAGACGAAAGAGAAGAGAAGAGAAGAGAAGCGCUCCCAGCCGUCGCCGUCGCCCAACGAAUCUCCCUUCCCACGACCCCCCUUUCAUCCCCGGCGGACCUUGUUUUCUUUUUUGUUUACACAAAAAACAAAAAACAACAAAUUGCAAUCAUGGCUGCCGUCCAAGGAGCGAUCUCGAAGCGCCGCAAGUUCGUGGCUGACGGUGUCUUCUACGCUGAGUUGAAUGAGUUCUUCCAGCGCGAGUUGGCUGAGGAGGGAUACUCUGGUGUUGAGGUCCGCGUUACUCCCACGGUUACCGAUAUCAUCAUCCGUGCCACUCACACUCAAGAAGUUCUGGGUGAACAAGGCCGCCGCAUCCGCGAACUCACCUCCCUAAUCCAGAAGCGCUUCAAGUUCCCCGAAAACUCCGUCUCCCUCUACGCCGCCAAGGUCCAGAACCGUGGUCUUUCUGCUGUUGCUCAGUGCGAGAGCUUGCGAUAUAAGCUGCUCAACGGUCUCGCUGUCCGAAGAGCUUGCUAUGGUGUCCUCAGAUUUAUCAUGGAGAGCGGUGCCAAGGGUUGCGAGGUUGUUGUGUCUGGGAAGCUGAGAGCUGCCCGUGCUAAGAGCAUGAAGUUCACCGACGGCUUCAUGAUCCACUCCGGCCAACCCGUCCGCGACUUCAUCGACAGCGCCACCCGCCACGUCCUCCUCCGCCAGGGUGUCCUCGGUAUCAAAGUCAAAAUCAUGCGCGGCAGCGACCCCGAAGGCAAAUCGGGUCCUCAGAAAUCCCUCCCGGAUUCCGUCACCAUCAUUGAGCCCAAGGAGGAGCAGCCCGUCCUGCAACCACUCAGCCAGGACUACGGCGCCAAGGCUCUUGCGGCCCAGCAGUUGGCGGAGCAGCAGCGAUUGGCUGAGCAGCAGGAGGCGGAGGCUGCGGGUCAGGUUGCUGGUGCCGAAGGUGUAGUGGAAGGGGUUCAGGAGUAAAUUUUUGUUCGUUAAUGAUGAAUGGAGCUCUUUUUCUGAUGUUCUGUUAAAAUGUUCUAAUUUUUUUUUCUUUUUUUUUCUUUUUUUUCCCCCCCUCCCCAAGGGUCAUGUGUUGAUGGUCUGUUUGGCGCAAAAUAAAUACAAGAUUAUUUUCCCUCUGCCGGUUUUGUUUGAUUAGCUUCUGCUUUCUCCCUUGUCCAUUAGGUUUGCUGCUCAAGGGGAUGGAAACCUCGACUGAUCCCUGUUGACACGUGUGUGAUGGUGCGUAUAUGGGUCCCUCUGCCACGGGAUGAUUGAUUGAUUCUCUCCGAAGUGAGAAUGAGAAAGGAGAGUCGCAGUGAUAAAAUCUGCACGAAAUCUUCCUGCGUAUAAAUUCCUUACCACUCUGUAUAUGGUGAGCACGGAUUACUACCUGGGUAUGAAUAUUUUAUCUAUCACCCACAGUCGCGUCACCGCUCGCUAAAAGCAACCAAUGCAAAGAAAUGAUUUAAGAAGCCAAAAACAAUGCAUUCAUAUCUAGGUAUUCUUCUAUUCCAGCUCUAGCUCUGGCUGUGCCUGCGCGAUGCGACCCCGUUGAUUUUUGUCAAUAAGCCCACGUGCCCCUUUUCUCUUUUCUCUUUUUUCAAUUAUCAUCGUCAUCAUUCAUACCCACGAUUCGUUCUACAUCGUGAAACAGCCCCAAGGGCGAAUACUUCCUCUGAUAAAUCAUACUCAAAUCUACGCGAGCCAUGUGUGAGUGACAUAAGAGCAUGAAGAUAGGAAAACGGGAAAUCAGAAAUCUUACUCCUCAUAGGAACGCCUCAAUGUUAAUCUCCAGUGUGCUGACGGGGUAUUUCAACUCGAACUUCUCAAGCACUGUCGGAUGCAAAAUCCCGAAGGAACCAAUGAUGUGAUCCUUUCCGGAAAUGCUGACGUGUACGGAGGCUGCAUGGCCGGUGAAAUAUGUCGGAUCUAAAAUAAAAAAUGAAAACGUUAGUGAUCGUCCAUAAGAGCUUCCUUCGCCCCCUUCUCUUUUCCCCGCAUCUAUGAUUUGGGGAUGGAUGUACGGACCUUCCAACUCUUCAAUCCAAUAAGUAGCAUUCCCCAUCGAAGGAUUAUCCAGCCCUUCCUCUCCAAUAAUGAACGCAGUCUUCAGCAUCGCCAUAACCCUGUCAAGCAACCCAUGCACAAUCUCGAACCCACUGUUCUUCCCAUACCAGGCCGCAGCGAAAUGCCUCUCAUUCCUGCUCUUACGCUCAAGAGAAACAUCCUUGAACGCAACGUCGCUAACCUCAAAGAUCUUCAUGGGAAUCGCAUGAUGCUUAUUUUCACUAAUCGUCUUCAACAGGCCCGGCAGCAGGCUCGUGCGGACGACUUGAAACUCUAUCGUUUUGGGAUUCGCAAGCUUGACGGCUGUAUUGCCGUCGUCCUUGCGGUUCAGCCAGGCAAAGUUCUCAUCGUGUGAGCAGAGGAUAAGAGGCAUGACUUCGGACCAGCCGGCCAUCGCGGCCUCUGUUCUGAUGAUGUCGGUAAGUUUGUUUACGGGUAAGGGUUGGGCGACUGUGCCGGAUUUGCUGGGGAAGGACCGCGGAAGUUCAUUGAAGCCGUAGGCGAUGGCGACGUCUUCCAUGAUAUCUGCUUGAUGGAGUACGUCUGCGCGGGUUACUGGGACUUGGACGUCGAUCAGAUCUGGGGACGUUUUGGAUGGUUCGGCAAAGUAGGACAUGCGCUUGAGGAGAUUGCAAAUUUCUGUGGCGGAGAGGGAGAGACCGCAACAUUGAUUAAUGUAAGACACACUGGCUUGAGCGGACCGGGGCGUAAGAUCGGGGGUCUGUCGAGUUUCGUUGUUGUGCUCUGACACUAUUCUCACGGGUUCCACUGUGAAGGGCUCUGAUGUAAAUUGGGAGAACAUGGUAACCAUGAUAUUGUUCACAACCUCAACCUUGGUUUUAUCAGUUGCUGUAUACUCGAGGAACACAUUCUUGGUGUUUAAGGUGAUUUUCGAGUGGUCACCAUUGAUAAUUGGUGGCAGCGAGCAGACAACACGGUUUGAGUCAUAAAUAACGGGGUACAGAGGAGAAUCUCGGAUAAUAUGAAGGUAUUUCCCUAUGUGCUUAUCUUUCUGUAGGAAUUUUUUAGUACUGUGGCGCGAAUCACAAAAUAGAACGCAGUGA